AUGUGGCCCGGAGGAAAUGACUAUUUCUGUGAAAGGGUGAAUGCAUAUGCUAAGGUGAUGAAGGAACUAGACCAAACCGUGAAGAAAAUGGUGUUUGACAGCUAUGGUUUGGACAAGAAGAAAUGUGAGUCGUUCCUUGAAUCAAUGAAUUACGUGUUUCGAGGGCACAAAUACAGGAUACCUGAGAUGGAUGAGAGCAAUGUGGGACUGACUCCUCACACAGACACAACCUUCUUAACCAUACUGCAUCAGAAGGUAGCUGGCUUGGAAAUUAAAUUGAAAGAUGGAAAAUGGUUUCGACUUGAUGCCUCACCUUUGUUUUGUGUCCUGGCCGGUGAUGCGUUUAUGGUAUGGAGCAAUGAAAGGAUACGUUCUUGUGAACACCGUAUUAUCUUAUCAGAAUCAAAUGUAACCAGGUAUUCAUUGGGACUGCUUUCAUAUAGUAAUACGAUGGUGCAAACAUCAGAGGAUUUAAUCGAUGAAGAACAUCCUUUGCGAUAUAAGCCAUUCAACCAUUAUGAAUAUAUUGGUUUCGUUUCAACAGAAGAGGGCGCAAAAUGUAAAAAUCGAAUCAAAGCAUAUUGCGGUGUUUGA